AUUAGCGCUUCACGUUAGCGUCAGUUAGCGUGAGCACGGUUGUUAGCUGCCGUCAAAUCUCGAUACAUUACAAAAGCGCACAUUUAGCGCAAUUUAGAAUCACGUGGAGCCAUUCUCAAGUGUAAAUUUAACUGGGAAUGACACCACAGACCGGCAACCCGUCUUCCUGCAACGGCACCGAGCGUCUGGUUUGUUCGCCAACUUGGUCCCGGAGCUGCUGCUAACAGGCUAGGUGGCUAACGGGCUAGGUGGCUAAUAGCCGCUGGUGUGUCGGAGCCGCAGAACCAGGAAGGAGGCAGCAAACGAGCGGGCAGCUUCUGGCCUCACAGCUUCCUCCACUCGUGCAAACAUUUGCUCUCAGAAGCGAACCUCGUCCGCUCCGCUGAAAACGGGGAAAACAAGCAAAGACUCAUUUGUACUGGCCUGACUGAUUGAAAAGAUGUCAAAGGCUCCAGAUUCUCCAGCUCGGUCCCGCUCCAGAUCCAGGUCCAGAUCCAGAUCCAGGUCCUACUCCAGAUCUCACUCCAGAAGCCACUCACGUUCAAGAUCCAGAAAGCGACGCUACAGCUCCAGGUCUCGGUCCCGGUCUCGCUCACAUACUCCAACCUACAGAAACUAUCCUUCUCGGGACUAUCAGAACAACAGAGGCGGCUUCAGAGGCUACAACCGAGGCUACCGGAGGCCGUACCACUACCGAGGCCGGAACCGGGGCUACCACCCACGAGGCCACUACCAGAACAGAGGGGGAGGCGGCUACGGCUACAAAGCUAACUGGCAGGGUGGCGGCGGCGGCGGCGGUGGUGGAGGAGGAGGAGGAGGAGGGGGAGGAGGCUGGCACGACCGUCACCGUGACCAGGACCACCACUCCCACAGCCCCAGGAGGGGUCGCUCUCGCUCCCGUACGCCCAGGAAGCGUUCGGGCAGCAGGAGCCGGUCCCGCUACUCCGACCGCUCGUCUUCAGGACGAUCCCGGCGCUCCAGACGCUCCAGCUACUCCUCCCGGUCCAGAUCCCCGUCCCCCCGGCAUCGCAGCAGCAAGGGCAAGCCUGGCUCCAAGGACAGCAAAGAAAAGGUCACAGAGAGUCCAGCAGAGAAACCCGGACAGGGGGCCGACGGCAGCGCCAUCGAGAAGGCGUCCGGAGGCAAAUGGAUCGACUACGACGCAAGCCCCAAACGAAUCAGCCCCGAGGUAAAGAAGGAAGACGUGCCCUCUAGUGCUGAGAGCAAAGGGCCUCCGAGCGGCGGUCCGCUGUGGAAAACCGUCGGCAGCGUGUCACCUCCUCCAGCGAAGAGUCCCACAAAGUCUGGACAAACGGCCUCGUUCAGCGGCUUUGGGUUCUUCUCAAAGGAGGAAGCCAAAGUCGGAGAUAAGACGGUGAUUUCUGCUGCCUUCAAGAAGUAUGUGCCCUGCUUUUCUCUACAUUAUUGGACAGUAAUUGCAUCGUUUUACUUUUAAUUUUCCUAACAAAUUAUACACGUUAUUUGUCUUUCAAACAUGUUUAGCUUUUUUUCAAAGAUCCUUGGAAGAAUACAGGUUAAAAAGGAAUGAAACAUAGGACUCCUGAUUUUAAGUGCAUUGAACAUGUAACCGGCUGUUGUC